ACACAAACUGUGUCAUUACCUGUGUUCAUGUAAGUUGAACUGAGAGGACUGAAAGCCGACUGGUGUUUACUAAAGAUGCUCACUGAACUGGGAGAUAGUUUGUUGUUCAGAGAUCAAACUGUAAGACUGACUACUACAUGUUGAAGACCUUCUCACACUCACCAGUUUACACGCUUUUAUUCAAAUUCUUGUUCUUAAAAAUGUUGAAAAACCAAAACUGUGACUUAAUAAAUUUGAUCACCUUUUAAAAUAUUAAAACACGACUAUGUAUUUUACAAUUAGCCAAAACUUGUGAAUAUUUAGAUUGACUGUCAUCAACUCAUUCAUUGAUGUGUAUCAUCAUAAAAUUUUUCUGUAUGAGCACAGUUCUCAUCUCCAUAAGUCUUCACUGUUAAUUAUGGAGAACCAGAGUUUUAUUUCAGAUAUCCUAAUCCUGGAGGGGUUAAAGGUCACCCCUCACUCUUCUAGCACUGCCUUCAUCCUCCUCCUCCUCGUCUACAUCUUCAUCAUGGUGUCUAACCUCGGCCUGGUGAUCCUGAUCUUCAGCAGCAGGAGCCUCCACCAGCCCAUGUACCUGCUCUUCUGCAACAUGAGUAUUAACGACGUGUUCGGAGCCACGAUAAUCAUCCCUCAUGUCCUCAGAGAUCUUUUGUUAUCGGACUCGGAGCGUUACAUUCAUUACAUCAGCUGCGUCACUCAGGCCUUCUGUGUUCACCUCUAUGGAAGCACCUCACACACGGUGCUCAUGAUCAUGGCCUUCGACCGGUACGUGGCCAUCUGCAACCCGCUGCGUUACUCCACCAUCAUGACCAACAGGAUGGUGGUGAAUCUGUCGGUUGCCGCCUGGACAGUGGCUCUUGUCAUGGUGUCGAUCCUGCUGGGCCUCAGCAUCCGCCUGUCGCGCUGCAGGUCGGUUAUAUCCAACCUGUUCUGUGACAACGCCUCCUUGUUCAAGCUCUCCUGCGAGAGCGUCCUCAUCAACCAGGUGUACGGCCUCGGCUACACCGUGGUCCUGCUGGGCUCCUCCAUCGGCAGCGUCACGCUCACCUACCUGAAGAUCGCUGCAGUGUGUCUGAGCAGUAAAAACAAGGUGCUGAACAGCAAAGCUCUGCAUACCUGCGCCACACACCUGACUGUGUACGUCCUCCUGCUGGUGUCGGCCUUCAUCAUCGUCAUCCUGCACCGUUUCCCUCAGCUGUCCGACCACAGGAAGGUAGCGGCCAUUCUAGGCGAAGUGGUUCUUCCUGCUCUGAACGCUGUGAUCUACGGGCUGCAGAUCAAAGAGAUCAGACAGAGGAUUAUCUCUGUGUUUCAAAAUAAAGCUGCGCUGAUGCUUUUGAAGUGA